UUCUUUUCAGGGACACCAGCACGUGCUUUUGGUAAUAGUUUGCGCAUGCGCAGUUGGAGAAACAACAUGGCCGCGAUCAAAGAUGGGAGUGGCAUUACAAAGCGCAAGAGAAGAGCUUGGGGAAAGCAGCGAUGCAAGCCAGACCUUGUCUCGAUCGAUCACAUGGAUAUUGAACUACUAACCAAAGUAGUAGAGAAGCAGAGUUACGCUGACGGUGAUCUACAAAAUCCCGAAGGUAUGGCAACCGAGACACUGGUGGCUCACCUCUCGCGGAUGAAUAUCGCAUACCCGAACUCAACACGCAGUCGAGAAGGCCUUCUUUACUUAUUUAGAGUUCAUAUACAGCCAAAGACACAGAGAAACAGAUUCUGGAGGAGAAAACGAAGGCGUGAAGAGGUUGAAGUUGGUGACACCUGGACAACUGGUAUGGACUGUGAUAAUAGGACUAGAAAGAGGGAGUACACUGGUGAUGACAGUAAUGCCCCAGCCACAAAGAGAAUAGACAUAGAAGGGACUGGUGUGGUGGCACCUAGGGCUCUGCCCAUUGAGGCAUUGAAUAUAAGAACAACCCCAGAGAGCAUGUCAAAUAGAAGAAUCAUCAAAAUAAAAAGAAACUCUUCAUUUCGUGGUAAUGACAAAGACAAAGUGGUACCACCCGAAAAGGACCACACAAAUACCAGCCUAAACUGAUCUGAACAGCAAUCAUCACUUUUCAAAAGCCUAAAUUAAUUUUCAUUUGUAUGUUCUGAGGGAAUGAUGGAUAAAGUCAAAGAUAUAGAGUAACUACUCCAUGUGGUAACUUCAUAACUCCAAUGCUGAUGAUCCAGUAUCACUGCAUAAAAGAUACACAGAGGCAUACCUACACUUGGGUACAAGGAGAUGGAUUUCUGAGUAUUAUAAUGAAAAGCACUAAUGUGCAAACCCUCAGCGCAGAACCAGCACAUUGCUAGAAAGCAU